AUGUCAGGAAGCUGGGCAAAGCCUAUGCUCCCUGCAAUCUGGAAGCGGCGUGUUGCCACCUCCGACAGACCGUUUCUACAAUCCACCGGAAACCCAGAGUGUCGAGCACAAUAUAGUACUAAGUCUACCUUGGUUCAGGAACCAGUCAUAGAGAGCCUGUUCGAAGAGCAGACCAAAACUUGGCAAUACGUGGUUGCUGAUGCUUCAACCAAAAAAGCGGUCAUCAUCGAUUCCGUGCUCGACUAUGAUCCCGCAACCCAAACGAUCAGCACCUCAACCGCCGACGCCUUACUAGCAAUGAUAUUGGAUAGGGGUUACUAUAUCGAGAGGAUUCUGGAAACGCAUGCGCAUGCUGAUCACCUGACGGCAGCCUCUUACCUCCAGCAUCGUCUCGCCCAACAACAAGGUUCCAAACCACCUAUCUGCAUUGGGAAACGAAUUAGGCAAGUCCAAGAGCUGUUCGGCGCAAGGUAUGGCAUUGCUGCCGACGAGUACGAAGGGGUGUUCGACCAUCUUUUCGAAGACGACGAGACUUUUCAUAUUGGUCAACUGACCGCGACCACCAUCCAUCUUCCCGGUCAUACUCCCGAUCACAUAGGGUACAAGAUCGCUGGGAAUGUAUUUUGUGGAGAUUCCAUCUUCCAUGCUGAUAUAGGCAGCGCGCGGUGCGACUUCCCGGGUGGCAAUGCCAAAAACUUGUUCGCUUCAGCACAGAAGCUACUUGCGCUGCCAGAAGACGUCAGAAUUUGGACAGGUCACGAUUAUCCGGCCUGUCCUGAGCGCUGUGAGGCCGUCCCAUGGAUGACCGUGCGUGACCACAAGGAUAAGAACAAGCAUCUUUCCAAAGAAGUAAAAGAGGAGGACUUCUUGAAAUUACGAGAAGAACGUGAUGCGGGUCUAGCGGCGCCAAGGUUGCUCAAUCCAUCAUUGCAAAUCAACAUUCGUGCCGGCAAACUACCUCGUCCAAAUCCCAGUGGCGAGCGGUUGAUGCACCUUCCUUUGAAGUUGAAGGGCGAAGAAUGGUAG